UUGGCUUACUGUUUUCAGAAAUGAGGAAACGUCUGAUCCAAGUGUUUGGCUUCUUGAUCUCGACGCUGGGAUGGCUGUUUGUGCUGUGCACCAUGGCCAUGGACUAUUGGAGGAUCACCCAAAUAGGUGGGCAAGGAGGCUCCUUCAUCAUCAAGGUGGCCUGGUACUGGUCCAACCUGUGGAAGGACUGCUUCACCGACUCCACAGCAGUGACUAACUGCAGAGACUACCCAGUCCUCUGGUCUGUCACUGCUUAUGUCCAGGGAGUGCGGGGCCUUCUGAUGUGUGGCUUGACUCUUGGAUUCUUUGCUGCAGUGCUUUGCUUUAUUGGGAUGGAAUGCACUUAUAUAGGUGGAACGGAUAAAACCAAGGACAAAGUACUGCUUGCUGGAGCGGUGUUUCAUUUUGUUGGUGGUGUGUCAGAUAUUGCUGCCUACUGCUUAUACAUCAACAGGAUCGCCAGGACAACUUUUGCUGCCAGUUUACAACCAGGAGCCUUAUGGUAUGACAUUGGAACCCCCAUAUUCCUUGGACUGGUGGGAAGUUUUUUCAUCCUUUUGGGAGCUGUACUUUACGCUGUGACAGUCUACAAAGUAAUCUUCCCUGAAAGUAUAGUGAUAUACACUUAUGGAGGACGAACAUACAUGGUCCCUCGCUCUGGAGGCAGAACCCAGUACACAGGAUACUACAGACCGUCCAGACAGUACGGAUCUUACAUGGUCCCUCGCUCCGGAGGCAGAACCCAGUACACAGGAUACUACAGACCAUCCAGACAGUACGGAUCUUACAAAGGUUCAGGACGAUCCAGCAGCUCCAAAAUCUCAAAGCUCUCGCAGACGACACCAGAGAAAAUGUCACAAAGAGAUGCAUUUGUGUAGUGAUUAUAAAUGUGGAUAACCAAUGGUCAGUUUAGCUGGGAUGAGGGUGUGAUGUAAAUGAGGCCAUUACCUUUUUCCAUACUUUAAAGGACCUUACCAGUGAUUUUUAGCAUAAUAUCUACAAACUGUAUAUACUUCACAUUUCUGCUAGCCUUUUUGCAAAGAGAGGAGUUGUAUUUUCAUUCAUUCAUUCAUUCAUUCAUCUUCUAAACCGCUUAACCUCACAAGGGUCGCGGGGGGUUGCUGAAGCCUAUCCCAGCGCUCAUUGGGCGGAGAGUUGUAUUUUAUAACUCUAAAAUUAUUUUCCUAUCUUUUAUCAAGACAUUGGUUUCCCUUUAUCUCACUACAAUAUGGAAAUUAACUUUCAGAGACGCUGCCAUCACCGUAAUAAAGUCAUCCAUGGUAGUCUUCCUAAAAGCAGCAGCACUGUUGUUUGGAUGUCUUGAAAUUGGGCUGAGUUCAUGGGGAAACAUAUACUCUACACAGUGAAUUAUCAGUUGCAUGGUUUAUAAAUGGUAACUUUGUUAGCUCAGGAAAAAGAACAUUAUAAGUUGCGUCUCACAACCAAAAAUUUACAUGUGAAAACCAAGGGAUUUUGAUGAAAUGCUGUGAAACCUUUAGCAACCCCUCCAUCUGCAAAAUGGUUUGUUGUGAUGUAAAAAGCAGGUAAAUUGUGGUAAAUGGGCUAAACAUUCAAAAUCACUGAUAUGGUGCUUUAAGCUCUCUCUCUCUCUCUCUCUCUCUCUCUCUCUCUCUCUCUCUCUCUCUUUACUUACAGCAUGGUGACUUUGUCUGCUCAGUAAUUAAGGUUUAUCAUGAACAUGUAUCAUCUUUAAAGACUGUGGCUGGGAUACCUGUGAAUAAACACACAGUAAAUA